AAAAUGGCUUCUACUGUGAGUAGAAACAGCAGAGAGUCUUUAAUGUGACGAGAGGAAACGGUGUUUGUGACGGAGUCUGAUGGAGAAAGAGUUCCUGUGAUUGUGUUUAAUGUGUGAAUGCUGAGAGCGUUGGUGGAGCAGCGACUAACUGCAGCUACUGAAGAGAUAUCUGGUCUGUUUGAAAGAAGGAUGGAGGAGAACUCUGGAGAACUACUGGACUCUGUUUACAACACUCAGCUCCGGUUACACAGAGCAGACGUCCAGCAGCUGUUGGUGGUUAAAGAAGAGGAUCCCACUGAGCAGCAGGAGUGGAGCAGCAGUCUGGACCAGGAGGAUCCAGAUCCCCCGCACAUUAAAGAGGAACCAGAGGAUUUCUGGACCAGUCAGGAGGGAGAGCAGCUUCAACGGCUGGAGGAGGCUGAUAUGAAGUUCCCAUUCACCUCUGUCUUUGUGAAGAGUGAAGAAGAUGAUGAAGAGAAAGCUCAGUCCUCACAGCUUCAUGAGAGACAAACUGAGGAGAACAGAGAGGCAGAGCAUUUGAAAAGAGAAGCUGAUGGAGAGGACUGUGGAGGAUCAGAAUCAUCUAUGAUCUCAGAUCCAGAUAGUCCUUUACAACCAGCUACUCAUGACGAGACUUCACCCUCCUCUGAAUCUGAGACUGAUGACAGUAGAGAUUGGGAGGAGACUAAAGAACCUCAGUCAGGUUCAGACCCUCUGCUAAACAAUGAAGUAUCUGUAAGUGAUAUGGAAGGUAAUACUGGAGAAACAUCAAUUAGCUCCAAAAGAUUUCUUUGUUCAGUUUGUGGUAAAACAUUCACACAAAAGACACAUCUGAGAGAACACUUAACUGUCCACACAGGGGAGAAACCUUUUAGUUGUUCAGUUUGUGGUAGAGGAUUCGCACGAAAGACACAUCUGAGAGAACACUCGACAGUCCACACAGGGGAGAAACCAUUUAGUUGUACCGUUUGUGGUAGAGGAUUCGCACGAAAGACACGUCUGAGAGAACACUCGACUGUCCACACAGGGGAGAAAGCAUUUAGUUGUUCAUUUUGCGGUAAAACAUUCGCUCGAGAGACACAUCUAAGGCGGCACUUGACUGUCCACACAGAGGAGAGACCAUUUAGUUGUUCAGUUUGUGGUAAAAGCUACACACAAAAGACACAUCUCAAAGCACACAUGACUGUCCAUACAGGGGAGAAACCAUUUAGUUGUACAGUUUGUAGUAAAAGAUUCUCACUCCAUAAUAGUCUGAGACGACACUUGGCUGUCCACACAGAGGAGAGACCAUUUAGUUGUUCAGUUUGUGGUAAAAGAUAUACACAAAAGACACAUCUGAAAGAACACAUGACUGUCCAUACAGGGGAGAAACCUUUUAGUUGCUCAGUUUGUGGUAAAAGAUUCACACAAAAGUCCACUCUGAGACGACAUUUGACUGUCCACACAGGGGAUAAAGAAUUUAGUUGUUCAGUUUGUGGUAAAAGAUUCACACAACAUAGUAAUCUGAGACAUCAUUUGAGUGUCCACACAGGGGAGAAACCAUUUAGUUGUUCAGUUUGUGGUAAAAGAUUCACACUAAACGACACUCUGAAACAACACUUGCGUGUCCACACAGGGGAGAAACCAUUUAGUUGUUCAGUUUGUGGCAAAAGCUUCACACUAAACCAGACUCUGAAACAACACAUGGGUGUCCACACAGGAGAGAAAUUUACUUGCAGCGUUUGCAAUAAAACAUUCACUCGUCGCCACAAGGUAAAAAAUCACAACUGUGUUGGUGAGAGCAGUUCAGUUGAACUCGGUUCAACACUAAUCAGCUAAAUACUGUCAGACUUAAAGGUCCAGUGUGUAGGAUCUGGCAGCAUUCUUUAUCUUUUUAUGUAUUUACUGUAUAUUUUGUUGUAUAUAUUUAAUUGCUGGAACCACGGUUGUUUUUGUCUUACCUAUGUCUUGCUGCAAAAGCAAAUUGCCAUCCAGGGACAAUAAAAUUGAGUUUAGGUUGCAUAUUGUAACGUUAAGCCUCUCCCAUGUGUGUUACUGCAGUUUCAAAAGCGUGUCGGAGAACGGCGGUGGCCUUCAGGUAGCGUUAAAACAUGAAAGUCUCUCUCUAGAGCCAGAGUUUGGUUUGUCCGUUCUGGGCUACUGUAGAAACACGGCGGACUCCGUGAAGAAGACCCGCUCCCUAUGUAAAUAUGAAGAACUCAUUGUAAGCCAACGAAAACACAACAACUCUUAGUUUCAUAUUAUUAUACACUAAAGAAAACAUAGUUAUUAAUAUUAUAUUCCAUUUCUGAUAAUAGAUAUCCCAAAAUGCUACACCCUGUUCCUUUAAAGAAAGGUCAACGUUUUGGACAUUCAUAAAAAAAGUGUGUUUAAAGUUUUUUUUGGCACAUUUAGAAACUUUUGGAUGAUAGACACACUUUAGAUCUAUGAAUAAAACAUUUUUAAUCACAGGCUCCCUCUGAUGAAGAUAUGAUGGUUGUAUAACUUGACCUGAACUGUACAGGGUCACUACACAUCCUUAUUUAUAAUCCUGCACAUGUGCAUGUUUGCACUAAAGCGUAUUCAAAACUCUAUUGUAUAGUUUACCUUACAACUGUGGCAAAUGAACGUAUAUAUUUUUUAUAUAAUUAAAGUCUGCACAGUCCACUUCCACACCAGGCCAAUAUUCACUUUAGCAUUUUACCCAAUUUCCCCGGGGAUCCAUAAAGUCUGUUUCUGAUUAAUACUUCUAUUACAUAUAUUUAUAAUCUGUUAUCUUUUUUCAUCUUCUACUUUCUUUUUCUAAUGCUUGUGUUUAAUCUUAGUCUAACUAUUAUUCUUUAUUGCAGAAUAGCCUUGUAGCACAGCCUUAAGAAGAGUAUGCCACCCUGCAAUUCUCUCCACAUUUAAAAUGAGCAUGUGUCAAAUAAAACCACUGAAUCCUUAAA